GCAUAAUGCAGAGAGAAAAGUAAAUGAGCAGCAGUUUCUACUGUCAAGUAUGUCUUUACGGAGAUCGGUAGAUCAUCCAUGGUUUUCAUUACCAGAAGCGGAAGAUAAUAUUUAUGAGAAUCCUCUUGCCCAUCAGAACGCCGAAGAUUUUCUCUAGCAGACGGCGUUUUCUUUGAAGUUUUUGGCGCAGGAGGAUUCCAUUGCCGGCAUCACGCGAUCUGUCUUGUUAUUCACCGAUUUUCAGGCUGUGGCAGGCAGGUUUGGGCAGCUAAGUCACAUCGGCAUUUCUUUUGUGAAACUGUGUUCACACUGGAGCUGGAAUUUCUGCCAUUUGCAGACUUAACCUUAUUUAAUUAAGUCAAGCUCUUUCUGUUUGUGGAGAUUCAGCCAUGGCUCCCAGUAAGCUACGGAAAGCUCUUGGAGUUGUCAAGGACCAGACAAGCAUCAGUAUAGCAAAGGUUGCAAGCACCAAUGCACCUGACCUGGAUGUGGCCAUUGUAAAAGCGACUAGUCAUGAUGAAAUUCCUAUAGAUGAAAAGUAUGUGUAUGCAAUUUUGCAUCUCACCUCCUAUUCCAGAGGUUAUGUCAGUGCCUGUGUUCACAGCUUGUCCAAACGGAUUAGCAAAACACAUAACUGGAUAGUGGCACUGAAGGCUUUGAUGCUUAUUCAUAGACUCUUGCUAGACGGUGAUCCAAACUUUGAGCAGGAAAUCCUUCAGGCCAUGAGGCAUGGUGCUCGCCUGCUGAAUCUAUCUGAUUUUAGAGAUGAUUCCCACUCAAAUGCAUGGGAUUAUUCAGCUUUUGUGCGCACAUAUGGUUUAUAUCUUGAUGAGCGUCUUGAUUGUUCAAUUUUAGGGAAGAUUCAGUUUGGUGAUAAAUCUGGUAAAAAUCAGAAUCAAUUGCCCAGGGGACAGAGUGAUUAUGCAGGAUCUAGUUACCGAGGUGCCUAUGAAUACAGUGAUGGGCGUUAUAAUGAUAACAAUGGUUACAGGUCUGGCCACAAUGAUUAUGAAUCUAGUUAUGGGGGUAGAUCAAGGUAUGGAGAUUAUGAUGCCCCCCGGAAGCCAGAUAUUGAAGAAGUGGCAAAGACUCCACCAGUGGCUGUUCGAGAUAUGAAGCCUGACAUGAUACUUGAUAGAAUGCCUUAUUGGCAAAGACUUUUGGAACGUUUUCUAGCCAGUCGUCCAACAGGUGCUGCAAAGAACAACAGAUUGGUUCAAGUUGCACUUUACUUGGUUGUGAAGGAAAGUUUUCAGCUUUACAAAGACAUUAAUGAUGGUUUGGCAAUUUUGCUCGAUGGGUUCUUUGACAUGGAAUACCAGGAUUGUGUCACUUCAUUUGACAUUUAUUCAGGAGCUGCCAAGCAGAUUGAUGAGCUUGCUGCCUUUUACAACUUGUGCAAAAAUAUUGGAGUUUGUAGGACGUCAGAGUACCCCGAUGUCCAGAAGGUUUCAGAGAAACUGCUUGAGACUUUGGAAGAGUUUUUGCGGGAUCGGUCAGCAUCUAACAAAAACAGACCCAAGAGCCCAGAGCCCAAGCCUGCAAAGAGGCCUGAAAGUCCUGGCCCAAGGUCUGAGGAGCCAGUUGAGGAUAUGAACAGCAUAAAGGCUCUUCCAGCACCAGGAGAUGAUCUUCCUAAAAAAGAAAUUGAAGAGCCCAAAUUACCAAAGGCAAAUGAGAAGGAAGUUGAUUUGCUAGAUCUUAGUCAAGCCACGAUUUCUUCUGAAGAGCAGGAGAACAAAUUUGCAUUGGCACUCUUCACUGGUGGGCCUUCGUCCACAUCUGGUGCCACAAAGAAUUGGGAGACAUUUUCAACUUCAGAGGGACCUGGCUCAUCGUCGAAUGGGACAACUUCAGCAUGGCAAACUCCACUGGCAGAAAAUGGCAAGGAAGGAUGGGAGCUGGCUUUGGUUGAAAGUGCAAGUAAUCUUUCCAAGCAAGAAAAUAAAAUGCCUGGAGCUUUUGAUCCUUUAGUGUUGGAUGGUUUGUAUGAACAAGCUGCAGCUCGUCAACAGUUCAACCCAUAUGCUCAGCCUGGAAGUGCUAGCAGUGUUGCUGCUUUACCACGUCCAGGAGCACCUUCAUACUUGGCAUUACCUGCUCCACCCACCCAACAGGGAGCGGCUCCAGUUUCUCUUCCAGGAGGAGAUCCAUUUGCUGCCUCAUUAUAUGUUCCACCUCCUUCUUAUGUCCAGAUGGCAGAAAUGACUAAGAAACAACAGCUUUUGGUGCAGGAACAACAGCUUUGGCAGCAAUACCAGAACAAUGGCACGCAGUAUCAGAACAAUGUCAUGCAGUACCCAUACACUGGCAUGCCAUACCAGAACAAUGGCUUGCCAUACCAGAACAAUGGCAUGCCGUACUAUAAUAAUGGUACACAGUAUAGAUAUGGUUGACAAGCUUUUUGCAUAGAUUUUAAAAUUUAUUAGAGGAGAAUGCCUGCUGGUGCAGUCAAGCAUGCGUGGAUGGCUAACAGGCAAGAAGAGGAAACGAGAUACUAUUUUAUAGAUUCUAUUGCAUGUUAUGAAACCUGCCAAAGCAUCUUUACUUGUGUAAUUCUUUUUGCAUGCGAUAAAAUCUGCCAUUGGAUGUCUGCUUAUGUAAUUCUUUUACGAGUGUUAUUUAUAAUUGGCCAUGGUGGUUGUGCGAAGUGAUGGCUUUUUUAUUCACUAUUACAUGAGGUCAAUAGUUUUGUGGAUCAAUAAAAUGGGUAGUAUCCUAAUAUUUGUUGCA